AAUUAUGGCGCGAAGAUGGACCGUGCUAUCGUUUCUAAAAAGGGAGAAUUUCGGGAACCUCCGCGAAUUAGCCGCCAGCUGGGAAUGUUUGGAACAGAUGAACAUGUUGAUAGUCAACAAAAGGAUAAUAAUGACUCGCCAGCUGACAGCGAAGUUGAUUUUCAUAGUGGUGUUUCAUUACAUUCGUCAACACCAACAACAUCAAUGGAUAAUUCUCAUCGAGGACGAAUAUCAUCACAGCAUUGCCAGCUUAUUGAUGGUGUUUCGACGACGGUGGUGAUGUCGUCGACGACGACGUUGUCGAGAUCAUCGGGGGAUUGUGACCACGACCACGCGAGCCGUGGUGUGAUACCGGCUUGUAGCAGUUUGACGGCGUUCGGCGCCCCGUCUACACAGCCCAUCAAACCGGUCGCCCUAAGCGCUUCUCUACCUCUUUCUCAUCAACUGAUCGCGUACGGGAUGACAGGUGUCUCGUCAGCCGUACCUCCCCCGAUCCAUCCUCAGCCUAUGCUUCCCAUCCCUCUACCACCACUUGCCGUUUUUGCGCACCCUAUCCACCUGUUCCCAGCUCCCCUUCCUUGGCAUAUCCACAGCCAUGUCUCGGCCGGACCAGUACCUCAGCGAACAUCCGGACGAUAUCCGACAAACUGUCCUCAUUUUAUCCAUUCAACAACCACAACAAACACGACAACUGCGUUGAAUUCUACUGCACGACUCGCUGCGAGCUACCCGCUCCUAAAGCGUGGCCGGCGGCCUCGGCGCCAACCUCUCACAAACAUCGAACCAACUCCGCAAGAAACGAACCCCGACGAGACAGAACUGCCAAUAACGAAACGAACUGAAGCAAAUGCGAGGGAAAGAGAUCGCGUCACCUAUCUCAAUGGCGGGUUCGAACAGCUUAGAAGAGUUUUACCGUGGGCGUAUCGCGGUGGUCGUCGAGUAAGUAAGGUCGACACGCUUCGAGCAGCGAUCUCCUAUAUCCAAUUCUUACAGGGCAUGCUAGUCGGAGCCGAGCUGUCGCCUGCGGAGACGAUCCGGCUGAGAAAUGGCAUUGUUUUAGAGAAUACCGUGCGGAUAGUCCAGAGCGUUCAGAAAGCCCCCUACCCCAUCCUUCCCCCUGGGUAUCGUUUUGUCAACCCACCACCACCACCACCACCACCACCUGCAGCCCCAGGAACACACCCUUCUCUACCAGUACCAGCAUCAGGACCACACCCAACACUACCCGUCCAUCCUACACUACCUCUACCUCUACCGAUGUUACCCCCUCAGCCGCUGUCCAACCUACCUCCCUUCACGCAUCUGAGAUCUGGUUAUGACGGCCAGCCCUUCCAAGCGCAGCUCUCUAUCCCGCAUCUCAUUCCGAGUCACCCGAACGGAAUCAUUCAGGGGAACGAGUCUACCGCCCUCUCGUGGCUCAUCAACUUUCAGGGAAAUGUGGGGAUGCCUCCAAUAGAUAGCACUGAGCGAGAUGUUAUCAUGCUUGGAGCAACAUCGCAGGUAUCCACCAAUCAGAACACGAAGGAGAAUCACGUGACAGGAACAGCCAGAAUGAAAUCCCAGUGCAGAGCGAAUAUGGUCACGUGAUGCCCAGAGCAGUUUUAAGAAAAAGAUGUAAAAUGUGUUCACCAAAGUUCAGAUAAGAAGUUUUGUAUUGAAUACCAAAUUCCAUCAAAACAGAAUGGAAAAGACCUUUGCAAAAAAGAAGAAGUAGAUGAUUUAGUUUUAUUCUAAAAAAUUAAAUGUAAUAUUUUACAUUUUAUUUAGGUGUAUUAGAAAUUAUUCAAACUUAUCUAUAUCACAUUCAUUCCCCCCUUACGAAUAAGAGCUUCAGCUCAAAAUGGAAUAGACAGAUGCUGAAAGGAUGAAGCCUGAAGGGUGAAUAAUAGCAAAGUUUGUUUUAUAUUUUCCUCUCCCGUCUGAAUUCAUCUAUAGAUAUUUUAGUUAUUCUAUGGAUUUUUUGAAGAUUUGAUUACUUUAUGUGCUUGUUUUAAAUUUUAUUCUAUUCUUCGAGUCCGACUUUUAUUUCAGCAAUCAUAGAUUGCAUUUAUUUCGACCUUGAGAGAAAAACAAGUAUUGAAGAAAAUACAAAAAUAGGACAACGAAGAUAAAGAUAUCUGUGUCUGGACAAAUUUGAGAUUUUUGUUUUUACCGGUGUUCAAGGUUUUGUUGUUGAAAGACCUUUUCAAGACGAUUAAGAGAAUAUAAUCUCGAGAAACCCAGUUGUUUCUUUUGAUUAUUUAUUACGCAUUUAGUAAUAAGGAAUGCAUGAAAAUAGUAUUUGAAAUUAGUUUUUUAAGAACGUAUUUCCUUUCCUAUAUACGCUUGAAACAGAAGCAGCAAUUUUAUUUGAUACAGUUUUAAUGUUUAAUUCUAUUCGUCCCUUUUUCAGUCUUUCAGUUAUCUUUUCUGAUUUGAUAAGUAAAUCAGUUGCCAUAGUGCCUGCCAAAGAUGUUAGUACAUGUAUCACUUGUCCUUAACGCUUUUAAAAAGCUAUAUAGAAGCGAAUUGAUUUGAUCUUGAACAAUUGGGUUUAAAGGAUAUCAUUUUUGUUUAAUUUAGUGGAAA